AUGUGCCCACGAAGCUCAACAUGUGCACACGAAGUUGAACAUGUGCACACGAAGCUCAACAUGUGCACACGAAGCUCAACAUGUGCACACGAAGUUGAACAUGUGCACACGAAGCUCAACAUGUGCACACGAACUCAACACGUGCACAAGAAGCUCAACACGUGCACACGAAGCUCAACACGUGCACACGAAGUUGAACACGUGCACACGAAGCUCAACACGUGCACACGAAGCUCAACACGUGCACACGAAGCUCAACACGUGCACAAGAAGCUCAACACGUGCACAAGAAGCUCAACACGUGCACAAGAAGCUCAACACGUGCACACGAAGCUCAACACGUGCACACGAAGCUCAACACGUGCACACGAAGCUCAACACGUGCACACGAAGCUCAACACGUGCACACGAAGCUCAACACGUGCACACGAAGCUCAACACGUGCACACGAAGCUCAACACGUGCACACGAAGCUCAACACGUGCACACGAAGCUCAACACGUGCACACGAAGCUCAACACGUGCACACGAAGCUCAACACGUGCACACGAAGCUCAACACGUGCACACGAAGCUCAACACGUGCACACGAAGCUCAACACGUGCACACGAAGCUCAACACGUGCACACGAAGCUCAACACGUGCACAAGAAGCUCAACACGUGCACAAGAAGCUCAACACGUGCACAAGAAGCUCAACACGUGCACAAGAAGCUCAACACGUGCACAAGAAGCUCAACACGUGCACAAGAAGCUCAACACGUGCACACGAAGCUCAACACGUGCACACGAAGCUCAACACGUGCACAAGAAGCUCAACACGUGCACAAGAAGCUCAACACGUGCACAAGAAGCUCAACACGUGCACAAGAAGCUCAACACGUGCACAAGAAGCUCAACACGUGCACAAGAAGCUCAACACGUGCACAAGAAGCUCAACACGUGCACAAGAAGCUGCAUACAACAUGUAUGUGGAGUAAGGAAAUGUGUAUGUGGAGGUGAGACUUAUUACUGGAGAAACGCGACGGUGGUAGAUGUGGACGGACACGUGGUAGAUGUGGACGAACACGUGGUAGAUGUGGACGAACACGUGGUAGAUGUGGACGAACACGUGGUAGAUGUGGACGAACACGUGGUAGAUGUGGACGGACACGUGGUAGAUGUGGACGGACACGUGGUAGAUGUGGACGAACACGUGGCAGAUGUAGAGGAACACGUGGUAGAUGUGGACGGACACGUGGCAGAUGUGGACGGACACGUGGCAGAUGUAGAGGAACACGUGGUAGAUGUGGACGAACACGUGGCAGAUGUGGACGAACACGUGGUAGAUGUGGACGAACACGUGGCAGAUGUAGAGGAACACGUGGUAGAUGUGGACGGACACGUGGCAGAUGUGGACGGACACGUGGCAGAUGUAGAGGAACACGUGGUAGAUGUGGACGAACACGUGGCAGAUGUGGACGAACACGUGGUAGAUGUGGACGAACACGUGGUAGAUGUGGACGAACACGUGGUAGAUGUGGACGAACACCUGGUAGAUGUGGACGAACACGUAGUAGAUGUGGCCGGACACGUGUUUCACCAUAGUAGUGGAGAGGACGAGACGAACAGGCAAGAGAGUAGACACCAGCAGCAUGAGCAGCAGCAGCAGCAGUGUGAACCAUAUUGCUACGAAGAAGCAGCUAGAUGUACUAGCCGGAUGAUGGAGCGAAAAACAGCAGUAGUCGUAGUAGGAAUUAAGGAUCAAACAGGGACCAGUCCAGUGGAAUGGAGAGACAAGGACAAAAAUGCAGUUAAAAAGAUCCUUAAAGUGGUAAAGAUGGAGAGAGCGGACCAGAACACUGAAAAGGUCUUCAGGCUCGGACAGUACAACAGGGACAGUCACCGACUGACAAAGGUGGUAUUCACGAGCGAGAACACAAAAGAAGACCAGGAACAAGUUCCAGACUCCCGGAGCGCCCAGACUGGCCCACUGGUCAUUGGCUUCCUGCGGAUGGCCGGGGUGCUGCCUGCUGUCCACACAGCUGAUCUGUACUUUCUUGAUGACACUGAGCGUCGACAGGGAUUGCACCGUUCUCUCGCCAGGUUGCACAGAGAAUGGGGAAGACAGUUCCUGCUCCCAGGCUCCAAACACACAUUCAGAGUACGCCCAGAUUCAUGGUGA